CGAUCCGCUGUAGAAAGCUGCAAGUCAAUUUAGGGAGGUGGGGUAAGCUUAGGUACCUAGAAGUUGGCCCAAGCUCCUCGAAGGUUGGUGCAAGCAGGUACUGGGGUACUUAUGUACUUCGAUACCAGAAUACCCGUUUGUCGGUACUUGAACACGGUGACAGCUAAUGCCGACUUAGUGGGGUUUGUUUUCUUAGCUGUCACUCUCCAAAAUCAAUACCUGAACAUCUAUUCAUCAGCCAUCUACACAUCCUCGAGUCCAAGAUACAUCCACAUAUAACCCCUUAUUUGAGAGGACUUCGAAUUUCAAGAUGGCUCCCGGACAGAAGAUGUACCCGAGGGCAACAGUGAAAAAGAUUGUCAAGGCGCAUUCAAAAUGCAAUGUUAGCAAAAACGCCGAUGUCAUGAUGUUCCUCGACUACGUACUAUUUAUGCAAACUCUUAUGAAGGAGGCUGCCAUUGACGCGAAACAAGCCGGAGAAAGGGGGAUAAGCGCAAGGAGUGUCAAAAAAGCUACUGCUGAUACUCUGGCCAAAUUCAAGGGUUGAGAGAGAAGUAACUCACUGGGUGUGCUGGAUUCAUCAGAGCCAAACUUCAUAUACGACAUACGAAUCAACCAACGAAGGACGUUUGUGUCUCAGGCCUUGUCAUCGAAAAGUUGCCUGCUCGUCCGGUCUUCAUACCAUGCAUCGCGCACAGGGUUCUAAGUGGUGGGGUAUAAAUAUUCCACAGACCUCGAGUCGCGGGUGGUGGGAGGUAUUACAGGUGAUAAUAGGGCGUCGAGUACCUCCCAAUUUAUGUACUCUCGCAGCCUGCUUACAGAUGUAUGUACAGUCGUACACAGGCAGCUACCCGAACGUACAUAUUAGGUGCUUGUUAGCAAACGGCUCACUAGAUCUAGGCAGAAUACAGAUAAAUACCUAAGUACGUAUUACGCCUACCUAAUUAUCAAUCGCAAAUUAAAGUGACAAAAAUAAGAAAUACACUGGUAUCGUGUGAAUAAAUUCAAUGUUAGGUACUUAGGUA